GCUUCGCAUACCCCGGGCAAUUUACUGUAGAAUGUUUCGAAAACUUGUUUUGGCUUUCGAAAGCAGUGAAAAAGGAUCUGCAUAGGGGCUACGAAUUCGAGUUUGAGUCACUGUAUGAAGCAGAUUUUUAUGCAGUCUCCAUCUCCACUUGGACUGUCAGAAGAAACAACACGCAUGGUAUUGUUUACAUAAUCAUGAAGGCUAACGCUGAAGAGGAAAGCUUCAAAACCAUUCACGAAGGAAGCGCAGAAAUUCUAGUUGAAGAGCACGUCUUCUACAAUCCGGUGCAAGAGUUCAAUCGUGACUUGAGCAUAUGUGUUCUGUCUACGUUUUCCCGAAUCGUUCAACGUGAAAAGUUGGAUGCACAACGUAAGAAAUGGAAGGAAGGGGAACCACCGUUGACGGAACCUGAGCUAGUAGCUGGCCAGAAAUGCGAGCAAGGAUUGAGGAUUCUCGAAGCGCUAUCGGCAACGGGAUUACGCAGCAUACGAUACGCGAAUGAAAUUCCAGGCGUAAAGGAAAUCAUAGCGAAUGAUCUGUCCAAAUCAGCUGUGGCAUCGAUCGAGAAGAAUGUGAAGCAUAAUAAAUUGGAACAUUUGAUCACUCCGAGCUUCAAUGAUGCGAUGACGCUCAUGUACACCUCAACACAUCCGGACAAACGCUUCACGGCUAUAGAUCUCGAUCCCUAUGGUCAUCCAACACGAUUUCUGGACGGAGCAGUCCAAUCAAUAGACGAUGGUGGUCUGCUUUUGGUCACUGCCACGGAUAUGGCCGUGCUAGCGGGGAAUUCUCCGGAAGCAUGUUAUGUGAAGUAUGGAUCGGUUCCGCUGAAGACAAAAGCUUGUCACGAGAUGGCGCUACGUAUUCUGCUGAGAUGUAUUGAAUCUACGGCAACUCGAUACGGACGCUACAUGGUUCCACUGCUCAGCAUUUCGGCUGAUUUUUAUAUUCGUGUUUUCGUGAGGAUAUUUACAGGCCAAUACGCCUGUAAGAAAAGCAGUAGCAAGCAGUCGAUGGUUUAUCAAUGUACCGGCUGUGAAUCUUUCACGCUCCAGCCGUUAGGUGUUCUAAAGCCUAAUCCGAGCGAAGCGAAUCCGAAUCAAAUCAAAUUCGCUACUCCUACGGGACCGUUCGUUUCUAGUCGUUGUGAACAUUGCCAUCAUCAGCACCAUAUGGGUGGGCCCAUCUGGUCUGAUGCGUUGUAUGACGAAGACUUCCUGAAGGAAUUGCUAAUAACGGUGGAGAUGGAUCAAUUCAAGAAAUUGGGCACAAUCAGGAGAAUCUACGGUACACUUUCCGUGAUACGAGAGGAACUACGGGAUGUUCCCUUAUACUACACGCUGGAUCGCCUCUGCGGCACGCUUAAACUUGAGGUCAUUCCUAUGAUGAAGUUUCGAUCGGCUUUGCUGCAUGCUGGGUAUCGUGUUUCAUAUUCCCACGCGUGUAAAACAUCCAUUAAAACGGACGCGCCGGUUUCAGUUCUUUGGGAUAUUCUACGAUGUUGGUCCAAGCUGCGUCCCAUCAAGAAAGAGCGCUUGAUUGAAGGAACUCCAAUCACUGCAAUUUUCUCCAAGGAAUCCAGCAAGGAAUAUAAUCUGGAGGAUAUUCAUCCCAGCGCUAACCCACCCAGUAGGAAGGAAUCGCUUAGUAGAUUCCCUGAGAAUCCCGCCGCACACUGGGGUCCUGGGACACGAGCUACACUAAUGGUUAGUGACAAUAAAAUGCUCAAAAGUGUUCAAAACCAGAACAAACGGCGUAAAGGCCAGAAGGAUCCAAAGCAAACCAAGGACACCGAAUCGCCCAAGACGAAACAGCUGAAAUCGAGCGAGGACAACAGCCAGAACGAAAGUGUUCACGAGUGAACUCAUCGAAGUACACAUGUGCAGGAUUGAAACUGACAGGAGGUGAUGAAAUCGAUCAAACAGUUGGAAAUUUUUACAGUAGAAUUUCGCGCUACUGUUUGUCGGUUCAUCUCCGAAUAAAA